UAAAGGCGGUAGGUGGAGUUUCCCUUCUCCCCUGUCCCCAGACCUGAGUUUGGGUCACAGCGGUUGGGUGUUGCCACUCUCCAGUCUCCCUGCUGGUAACCCCAACAGUUCUGGUCCCCCUCCCCAAACUAAACGACACGUCUGCUAAUUUCAAGCAACUUUCAAACAAAUUUGAAUCAAGAAAUUACAUUUUUUUUUUACAUCGAAACAGUGCAAUGGAUCAGCACAAGUAUCGCACGGCGGGCGUCCAGGAGAAGCUGGAGAUCAUUGGGGUGGAGGAUGAGGCUGGAAACCCCAUCAGCGCCCUGACCAUCCUGUCGCUGCUGGAGCGUGUGGCUGGCAUCAUCGACAACGUCCAGUCCUGCCAGCAGCGCAUGGAAGAACGUCAGCUGGAACUGGAGAACAACAUCAAGACCAUCCAGGGCGAUGUCCUGAAGCUGGCCAAGGACCACACUGACACCAGCGGCACGGUGGAAAAGCUCCUGCAGAAGACCCGCAAAGUCAGCGCCAAUGUCAAGGAGGUCCGGACGCGCGUUGAGAAGCAGAACGUACGGGUCAAGAAGGUUGAAUCCACACAGGAUGAGCUGCUCACCCGCAACAAGUUCCGGGUCGUCAUCUAUCAGGGUGAGACGGAGAUCCCAUCAGUGGCCGUCACUAAGUCUCCUAAAGGAACCGGCUUGGACGGACUGGAGAUUGAUCCCGACUCCUACGACAUCCCCGCCGACCUCUCCUCAGAUGAAGAGUACCUGAGCGUGGAGGAGACCGACUCCUCACGAGCCGCUCGCCUCAAGAAAUCGGUCGUGAAGAGCACGGAGACCCUGAAGGCCGCAUUCUCCAAGGAGAACAUGAGCAAAACCAAAGACAACCUGGGCACCAAGUUCCACCACCUGGGUGAGAAGGUGAUGCCGCCCGAGCGGAGGGAGAAGAUGCACCAGGCCGGUGAGCGGCUGAAGCAGUCCGGCGAACGGCUGAAGGAGAACAUCGCCAAGAAGGCUCCGAACAAAGAGACCUUCCGCAUCAAGCUGAAGAAGGAGAGAGCCGUCGGCGAAGGCCAGGAGGGUGCUGAGGCCGACCCCGAGCUCCACACCCAGGGUCGGGCCGAGGAGUCACCGGUGCCGUCCCCGGGGGUCACCUACACCGAGGUCGGCCUGGAAACCAAGAGGGAGGGGCCUGUGGAGGAGUCCAGCGCCACCCGGAUAGGAUAGGAGGAUUACAGGAAGUAAAUCGGAUGUGAUAGGACAGCGCUGAUAUGAAGAGAAGGCGGGACACUUUUGGAAGAUUUAGAGAGAAGGUCUGUGAUUGGUCGACAAAAAGGAUGCACAUUUUAAUUGGUUUGAAUGUUUUAAAACAGAAGAAGUUAUUGAGAUGGGUAAAUUACUACAUGAUAUUUAUUAAAUCAGGUUACUCCAUUAAAUGUUACGUGUGACAGUUUUUAACAGUUACAUAAUUCAAACCUCUUGAUCUGAUACAAACUCAGACACAAAUGUGAGAAAGUUUAUUUGUGAUGCACUAAGAAGAAUUGAGGUUCAGGGUUUUAGAUAAAAAGGAGUUUGACUAAUUUGUGAGUCCAAAUUUCAAGAGAUGUGAGAUUGUUAACAAGUUGUGUUGUUAUUAGUAACCAGAUGAGGUUAAUUUGCACAAGAUGGCCCAAGAAGGAAGACGGCAAAAGGCUGAUGAAUGUUGAUGUGAAGUCUGUGUCUUGAUCUUUUAUCUGGAUGUACAUAUAAUGUCGUACAUACUGCCAAAAAGCAUGGAGGUGAAAGUGGUCCGUGCAGGCCUCAGCUGGUCUCUGAGAAGCCUGGUGGGGAGAGAAGAAGAAGAAUAACACGGAUUCAACGUCAGACUGGUUUCUGUACGCCAAAGCAGUAGGAGUAGAAGGAGCUGAAGUUAGAGUGAACUCUGUGGUGAUGGCUGAGGGACACGUUAAAACUGCACCAGGUAAAGAGAUUUCACUGGAAAUCCGACAUCAGUAAAAUGUAAUGAGUUCAUGUCAUGUGGGAUAAAUAAACACUGACGAGCUGAACUGUGGCAGUGCGACAGGAGGAGAGCCGGUCAUGGUUAGAUGCCAGCUUUUUGGAGCCACAAGUCUGAACCAGCUGUAGGAUGUAUCGGGGUAAUGUAGGAUUUAUCGGGGGUAGUCCGGUACAGAACAAAACACAACUGAAGUAGGACCAUCAAGGCCAGAGAAAGAAUAACUAGAAUCACCUCCUCAUGGUCGUCUGCCUCCUCCACUCAGACUAGUUUCAGGUUACAUCCCUGUUUAUCCUGAGUCAUAGAAAAUAUGAACCAUUUGUGUGAAACUUUGUCAUAAUUGAUGUGAAAUCUUGAGUAAUGGCUAAAAACUGUUUUGUGAGGUCAAACUGACCUAGACCUUUGACCUUUGCCCCCUAAAAUCUAAUUUGAGUCCAAAUUUGAAGAAAUUCCUUCAAUGCGUUACGGGAAGUAUGACGUACACAAGGACAAAAUUGCAUUUUGCAAGGUCUCCGUGACCUCGACCUUUGACCAUCAGAAUCUAUUCAGUUCGUCAUCAUCCUCCACAUUGAAGUGGACAUUUGUGCCACAUUUGAAGAAAUACCAUCAAGGCGUUUACAAGAUAUCGUGCCUACAAGAAUGAGAUGGACAUAUGGACAACCUAAAAACUAUAUGGCACCAGCUCUGAGUGGCAGCAGCUCUGAGGCAUAAAAAUUAGUAAAAUAAAAUCAAAGAUAGAAUAAGAUAAGAUAGUAAAUAACUUUGCAAUGACAAGAAUGAAUGAAUCUACUAAAGGCAUAAAAUGUCUUAAAAAUUUACAUCGAUUUUUUAAAUUCCUGACAAACAUUUAACGUCAAAUAUUUAUUUUAUAUCAUCACAUCCCGGCUCUAUAGUGAAAUAUUCAAUAUCAAAACAUCAUAUGACUCAUUUCACCAAACUUCAUCCUGAAAUAUUUGUUUGUUUGUUUUUUAACUUGAGGAUCUCCAGAAGAAUUUUAAAUAGAGUUUUGUGUUUUAACAUCAACAUUUGACAAAAAAAAAUCUUUGUCCAGUGCAACUUUAAGUCGAACUGAGCAGCACAUGUAUUAACCAGCUUUAAAACCUAUCAAACAGUAACACAACUCAUGGAGGCACAAAGCUGAUCUUUGUUUGCUCAGACAAACUAAUUACUCCUAGUGGUGAUAGUGUAGUGGAUUGAAGGUGGUCUGAGCUCUGCUGUUAGUGGCUUUAAAGUUUUUUCUGCACUGCUGCUUUUUAGUGUAUGAAUGUUUUUUUUUUCCAGUUUUGCUGCUUGAUAUUCAGAGUUUCAUUUAUUUAUUUAUUCUAGAGCAGUGAUUAGUGAGAUCACAGCUUUUAUCAGGGUCACAGCAGUUUCAGUCGGAUCCUGCUAUUGUCUGUAGAAGCUUUGCUUUUCUAGCGCUGCCAUUAUACAGUAGUACAGCGUCUUAUUCUGAAAGGUAUACUUCCUGUAUAGCUUUUAACUCAUGACUGUAUUUAUAUUGCUGUAUUGCUGCUGCGGAGUGGAUUUGAUGCAAUUAGGUUUAUAGUAUUUGGUUUGAACAUUUUGAACAAGGUCUCAUUUCUUACUCAUGUUUCAUUUUUUUUUCAUUUUGGGUCACAGCUCAGGUUCCAGGUUGUGUUUUGUUUAUACAGUCAUCUUUCACGUGAAAAUCAGCUGAUUGAUUGAAGACCUGUGUGUUGUUUGGGCCUGUGCUGUACGAGCAGUACCAGAUAUUAAUCAUGAUGUUUUGUUUUUGUAUAAAUAAAGUUCUCAUGAAACCUCAA